AUGGCGAGAUUCUGGCUGUGCGCGGCCGCCACUAUCUUUUUCCUUGCGUUUGCGAUUUUAUAUUCGCGCUAUUCUGGCUCUUCGGUUUUAAGAGAGUUUACUUUUCACAUUUCAUGGAGAACCGAGGAAAUUCUUUACAGACUGGAUGUGGGAUGGCCUAAACAUUCAGAGUACUUUACUGGAGCAACAUUUUGUGUUGCAGUUGACUCCCUGAAUGGACUACUUUACAUAGCCCAAAGAGGGGAUAACAUCCAAAAAGUACUAGUGUUCACAGAGGAUGGAUAUUUCCUACGAGCUUGGAAUUACACAGUUGACACACCUCAUGGUAUGUUUGCAGCCAGUACACUGUAUGAACAAUCCAUUUGGAUCACGGAUGUAGGAAACGGACCCUUUGGCCAUACUAUUAAAAAAUAUAAUUCCUUUGGUGAUCUUGUUCAAGUCUUGGGUACCCCAGGCAAAAAAGGCACUGGUUUGAAUCCCCUGCAGUUUGAUAACCCUGCAGAAUUAUAUGUAGAGGACACAGGAGAUAUAUACAUUGUGGAUGGAGAUGGAGGAUUGAAUAACAGAUUGAUCAAGUUGUCCCAAGAUUUCAUGAUGCUUUGGCUGCAUGGAGAAAACGGGACAGGUCCUGCUAAAUUCAACAUACCUCACAGUGUUACAGUUGAUUCAUCUGGUCGGGUAUGGGUUGCUGACCGAGGAAAUAAAAGAAUUCAAGUAUUUGAUAAAGACACUGGAGUGUGGUUAGGAGCAUGGAAUAAUUGUUUCACAGAAGAGGGACCUUCUUCAGUCAGAUUUACGCCUGAUGGAAAGUAUUUGAUUAUAGCCCAGCUGAAUCUUAGCAGGCUCUUAUUUGUGGCAGCACCCCCAGUGGGAAGCAUUGGCUACUGUUCUGUGAUAAGCUCAAUCCAACUAGCAGAUCAAGUUUUACCUCAUCUUUUAGACAUCAGUGAAAAGACUGGAGCAAUAUAUGUAGCAGAAAUUGGAGCAAAACAAGUACAAAAAUAUGUCCCUUUGAAAAGCUAA